AUGCCAAAAUUCUCUCUUGGCGCAAAGAUUUGUAAGCUCUCAAAGCAAAUUAUGAGACCGCAGCUUCACAGAUACCAAAAGGCUUGUAAGCAACCAGAGUCUGUAAUAAAUAUCGAAAUAGACCGAAACAAAUCUCUAGAUAAGUUACCUAAAUCAUGGAACUUUACCUCACACUUUCCCCCCGAUCCUAUGUUUCCGACACCGACAGCCUCUCAUAGAACACCAAGACAGGAAAUAAGGCCACGUACAGUCAAGGGUGCCUUAUUUACAUGGGUUCGGCCACAAGAAGUCUAUGAGCCGAUACUUCUCGCUGUUAGUAAAGAAGCACAAAAAGACUUGGAUAUCUAUGAUGGUGAUGAAUACAGCUCAGAAUUCAGAGAUAUCGUUGCGGGUAAUAGAUUAUCAGGCUGGGAUGAAGAAAAAGAAGAGGGCGGCUAUCCAUGGGCUCAUUGUUACGGUGGUUGGCAGUUCGGCUCGUGGGCGGGCCAGUUAGGUGACGGAAGAGCUAUAUCUCUUUUCGAAUUAAAGGGUAGAAAUUCUAAUGUGCAAUACGAAUUACAACUGAAGGGUGCCGGAAUUACUCCAUACUCACGAUUUGCCGAUGGAAAAGCUGUCCUAAGGUCAAGCAUUAGAGAGUUUAUUUGUUCAGAAGCUUUAAAUGCAUUGAGAAUCCCGUCGACAAGAGCAUUAUCCCUGACUGCAUUGCCUUAUGUAGGGGUGCGCAGGGAGACUUUGGAAACCGGGGCAAUCGUAGCUAGAUUUGCCCAGUCAUGGCUGCGUAUAGGAACAUUUGAUCUUCUCCAUGAACGACGUGAGAGAGAUUUGAUUAGGCAGCUAGCGACGUAUGUUGCAGAAGUUGUGUUUGGUGGAUGGCACCUCCUUCCAUGCCGUAAGGUCAAUGAAGAUGCCAACCAUGCCGUUUUUAAUAAAGCAUAUGUUCCUAAGCUCACCAUCGAAGGACCGCCUGGUCUCGAAGAAAAUCGAUUUACCCGCUUAUACCGCGAAAUAGUGCGAAGAAAUGCUGAGACUGUAGCUAAAUGGCAAGUCUAUGGCUUUGUAAAUGGAGUUCUGAAUACAGAUAAUACCUCUAUAUUUGGUCUUUCCAUUGAUUUCGGCCCGUUUGCCUUUCUAGAUAAUUUUGACCCUCAGUAUACGCCAAACCACGACGAUCAGCUUUCUCGCUACGCUUACUGUAAUCAGAUGUCUGUUAUCUGGUGGAAUUUAGAGCGUUUAGGUGAAUCUUUCGCUGAACUUAUGGGGAUUGGCUCAUACGUGGAUGAUCCUGAAUUUAUACAGAAGGGUAUUAUUCCCAAAGAUGCUGGAAAUAUUGAUGCCCGUGCCAAAGCUCUAAUCGAAAGAGCUGGUGAGGAGUACAGGGACAUUUUCUUUCAUGAAUACGAAAAGCUUAUGGCUUUACGGUUGGGGAUCAAGAGUCGUCAGGAGCCUGAUUUUAAAGAAAUCUACGAAGAGUUACUUCAAAUUAUGGAGUAUUUCGGGCUGGACUUUAAUCACUUCUUCCGGAGACUUAGCAACGUAAACUUGAAUGAGCUAGAAAGUGAAAGCCAACGAACCGCUGUUGCCAGCAUUUUUUUUCAUGCGGAAGGCAUUAUAGAUGCCGAUAUUAGCGACGCCGACGCACGAAAAUGUAUCGCUGAAUGGCUUGAGAAAUGGAGUCGACGAGUCAGAGAGGAUUGGAGUCCGACAGCUUGUGACUCCUCCCGAAAGGUAGCCAUGAAAUGCGCAAACCCAAAGUUUUUACCGCGCAGUUGGGUGCUAGAUGAAAUCAUCAGACGUGUCUCAAAGGGAGAUACAGAUUCUUUAGAAAAUAUACUUGAUAUGGCUUGUGACCCUUUUAAUGAUACAUGGGGAAUAUCAGAGGAAGAGAAGUGGUGUGGCGAUGUACCACAAUCGAAAAGAGCUAUGCAAUGUUCGUGUAGUUCCUGA